AUGAACACCUUCAUGUUAGUAGGAGGCACAGCCUUCACGUCUCGACAAGCCGAAGAACUAUGCACCCGUAUCAACAAAGCCAGCCCCGAGGCCCCAAUCGCGGACAUCCGCGGCAGUUGGGUAUACUUUGUUCACGUCACGGAACGCGCCAAUGAGGAACUUGUCAAGCAGAAAUUGGCACACUGGCUUGAGCUUCCCACUACCGAUGCCGCUUCGAUCCCGGAAAACACUGAGGCAACAAAAACUUGGUACAUCGUCCCUAGGAAUAUCUCGCCAUGGAGCUCGAAGGGUACGAGCAUAGCCCACGUCUGUGGGCUCAAGGACCACGUGGAACGCAUCGAGAUGGGCCGGGCAAUCACCAUCACUUUCCAAGACGCAUAUCGAGCUGGAGAUAUCUCGUUCAAAGACCUUCUUUCAGAUCGCAUGACGGAAACUAUGACAAUGAGCCAGCCAGACCCAAAAUCGAUGUUUCAACGUCAUCAGAGAUACCCCCUGGAGAUCGUGGACAUCUUUGCAUCCAGUUCAAGCCCUCUUGACGUCCUUCGCGAUUACAACAAAAAGCGCGGCCUGGCAUUGGACGAAUCUGAGAUGCAAUACCUCGUGGAGGUAUUCAAACAGCAAGGAAGGCCGCCGCAUGACAUUGAGCUCUUCAUGUUCGCACAGGUAAAUUCGGAACAUUGUCGUCACAAACAGUUCAACGCCAACUGGACUAUUGAUGGUAAGAGCAUGGGCCAAAGUCUCUUCCAAAUGAUCCGUAAUACCCACAAUCAAACCCCCGAUAAUACCGUGUCAGCCUAUAGCGACAACGCGGCGGUCAUGAAGGGAGAAAAGGCGUCAUUCUGGGCCCCAGACUACUCCACGGGAACGUGGAAGCUCACCAAGGAAGUCGUUCACGUACUGAUCAAGGUCGAAACUCACAAUCACCCCACGGCAAUAUCCCCAUUUCCUGGGGCCGCAACUGGCUCCGGCGGUGAAAUUCGCGACGAAGGCGCUGUGGGCCGUGGGUCUAGCCCCAAGGCUGGACUCUGUGGAUUCUGGGUGUCCGACCUGCUGAUACCAGAAGCGAAGGCGCCUUGGGAGGUAGACAUUGGGCGUCCGGCGCACUUCGCAAGCAGCUUGGACAUCAUGCUCGAAGCGCCUAUUGGCAGUGCUCGUUUCAACAACGAAUUCGGCCGACCUUGUCUUCUAGGAUGCUUUCGAACACUGCUGACGAACGUGGGAAGCCAGCAUGAUCCUGAAUGGAGAGGAUACCACAAACCGAUCAUGAUUGCAGGGGGGCUAGGUACAGUCAGGCCUCACCAUGCUAUCAAACGUCCUGAAGAUGUUCACGAAGAGGCCCAUGCCAUCGUGUUAGGUGGGCCAGGAAUGCUCAUCGGACUCGGCGGCGGCGCUGCGUCAAGCAACGCUUCAGCCGAAGAAACCGCGGAACUUGAUUUUGCCAGCGUCCAGCGUGGCAACCCCGAAAUGCAACGGCGGGCGCAGAUGGUGAUUGACGCAUGUGUAGCCCUCGGGGACCAGAACCCAAUUGCCAUGAUACAUGACGUGGGUGCCGGUGGCCUGUCAAAUGCGCUGCCAGAAAUCGUCAAUGAUGCCGGUUUUGGUGGCAAAUUUGAGCUUCGACAAGUCCACACUGCGGAUAACAGCAUGAGUCCGUUGCAGGUUUGGUGCAACGAAUCGCAGGAGAGGUAUGUUCUCCUUGUCAACCAGGAGAGCGUGAACCGUUUUGCUAGCAUCUGCCGACGUGAACGUUGCCCCUAUUCCGACGUAGGAGUAGUCGUGGCUCAAGGCCCCGAUGGGAAGCCCAGCUUGAGGUUGACAGACCGGGAUGAUCAGAACGGCCCGGAUCCUAUCUCCCUUUCUAUGGCAGACCUUUUCCCUAAAGGCCGCCGUUUGGAGCGGGUCGUUGAAUCCAGAGACCUUGGACUACCAAACUUCGAUGCCGUUGCCUGUCUCCAGAACGUGUGUGGUACCGAGGCUUCGAAGGGCGCCCUAAUUACCGAAGGUAUCAAACGCAUGUUUCACCUACCUUCUGUGGGCUCGAAAUCCUUCCUGAUCACGAUCGGCGACCGAACGGUUGGGGGAUUGAGUGUACGCGACCAGAUGGUCGGCCCUUGGCAAGUCCCUGUAGCGGAUUGUGCUGUGACCGCCACCUCGUUCAGCAUCGACGCAGCGCAGCGCACGGGUGAGGCUAUGGCCAUGGGCGAGAAGCCACCUUUGGCGCUCAUCUCACCAGCUGCAUCUGCUCGAAUGGCUGUGGUUGAAAGUCUGUUGAACCUUGGGGCUGCCGAUUUGUUCGAUGGUAUGGAGAGGAUUAAGUUGUCCGCCAACUGGAUGGCAGCUGUGAACCAUCCGGGAGAAGGUGCCGGACUUUUUGAGGCAGUCAAGGCGAUUGGUAUGGAGCUUUGUCCACGGCUCAAGCUUUCGAUACCGGUCGGCAAGGACUCUACGUCGAUGAAAGCAUCGUGGAGGGACCGGCAAACUAGAGAGGACAAGAGUGUCACUGCACCAAUGUCGGUGGUCAUCACUGCGGUGGGCGUCGUCGAGGAUGUUCGGCGGACUUGGACCCCUCAACUGAGACGGUUGGAAGACGUCGGCGAGACUAUGCUGAUGUUUGUCGACCUUGCCAACGGCAUGCAGACCUUGGGGGCCUCGGCCUUGGCUCAGACGUUUGGGCAGACAGGCAACGUUGGACCGGACGUGCGGAGCCCAGACCUCAUCGCAGACUAUUUCGACGCACUUUCCCAACUGCACAGGAGCGGCGUUGUACUCGCCUACCAUGACCGAUCCGAUGGUGGCCUGAUCACCACCGUGGCAGAGAUGAUGUUCGCCGGCCACUGUGGUGUUGACAUGGCCUUGGACGACCUAUCUAAGACCGCAUCGGUCAAGGACAUGAUUGACUCUCUAUUCACUGAGGAGCUCGGUGCUAUCUUCCAGAUCCGUAAGAGCGACGAGACCAAUUUCAAGCGUUGCUUUGCCACAUGCGGCCCGCCUCCAGGCUUGAUCAAGAAAUUUGGAGUUGUUACGCCUACGGCUAAGCAGUCACUGACCAUCCGCUACGGAGCUCGACCUGUUGUCAGCCUGGAUCGCAUCAAAAUGCAGCAAUGGUGGUCAAGGACAUCCUACGCUAUGCAGAAGGAGCGCGACAACCCGGUCACUGCCGAAGCUGAAUACAAUGCGAUCGCUGAUGCAGAGGAUCCUGGAAUCUCGUUCCGAUUGAAAUUCAGACCCAACGAAAGCAUUAUGCCAUUGACCGGUACAUUGGGCAGCUUGGUCCGACGCGCUCCCCGUGUAGCGAUCCUCCGCGAGGUUGGCAUCAACAGCCAUCGUGAAAUGGCGUUCGCUUUUAGAGCAGCAGGCUUCGAGCCUGUUGACGUUCAUAUGAGCGACAUUGUCGACGGACGGUCGCUGCACGAUUUCGUCGGUCUCGCUGCAGGAGGAGGCUUCUCCUACGGCGAUGUCUUUGGAGCUGGCGUUGGGUGGGCGCAAUCAAUUUUGGAGCACAAGCAUGUCAGACAAGAGUUUAAGAGCUUCUUCAACCGCGCUGACACAUUCUCCAUCGGCGUGUGCAACGGCUGCCAGAUGCUGACCCGCCUGAAGAGCCUGAUUCCCGGGGCUGAAAGCUGGCCCAAAUUUGUGGAGAACUCAAGCCGUCAAUAUGAAGCGCGCUAUUGCAUGGUCAAGAUCCAGGACGAUGCCAAGGCACCCUCCGUUUUUCUUCACGGAAUGGGUGGCUCGGUACUGCCAAUUGCUGUGGCGCAUGGCGAAGGUCGCGCCCUUUUCAGCUCACAGUCAGCUCAUGAUUCGCUGGAUGCUGAGGGCUUGAUACCCAUAAAGUAUGUGAACAACCGUCUCGCUGUCGCGGGCGCGGAAGCAUACCCGUAUAACCCAAAUGGUAGCCCAGGUGGGAUAGCAGGUGUACGGAGUCGGGAUGGCCGCGUACUGGCCCUGAUGCCCCACCCUGAGCGCACUAUCCUCGCGGAUUGCACGACGAUGGGUUGA